AUGCAAACUAACCAAUCUCAUUAACAUCUGUGAUAUACACAAGAAAUAUCGGAACCUACUAUGAUGCUAUAGGAAGCAGAAAAAUAAAGACAAGGUGUCAAAUUGCAAAGAAAAUUGUAACAUUUUUUCUGCAAUAUGAAUGUUCAGAGAAACCUGAGACUCGUUCAAGCAGCUUAUAGACAAGUAGCCAGGAAAGCUGCUACUACUGAAGGAGAAGUUCCAAAUCCACGAUUCUACAAGCUUAAGGAAAUCCAGAAAAAAUUUCAGGUUGAUGAUGGUCUUCCAGUUCACUUAAAGGGUGGCUUUCGGGAUACAAUUCUACUGGACCUAACAUACCUUAUGGUAUUUAUUGGCUUGGGGAUGUCUGCUAAUACAGUCUACAAAUUAGCUUUCCCAAAACAGUAAAUUUUUAUUAUUGUCGUCAAUUUAUUUAAAAUAUAAUAUUUAAAUUAUU